AACUCCUGACCUCGUGAUCUGCCCGUCUCAACCUCCCAAAGUGCUGGGAUUACAGGUGUGAGCCACCGCGCCGGGCAGUCACACGUGUUUUAUCUGUCACCUCCAUUGUGGAGGGGUUGGCCACCUUCCCAGGAGUAGGUCCCCUCAUCCCAACUGCAGCCCUGCCCCCUGGGGGUUCCACUCUGUGUCGGAAUGCCCCUUGUGCCCAGCCCUGGCGCCUUCUUAGGGUGGGAGGUUUUGCUGUCCUUCAUGGAGUUGCAAGAGCGGUCGGGGCCUCCACCCCAGGGUGUGGAUGAGUGGGCUGGGCUUGGUCGUCGGAGCCAAGGCGGCUGAAGCAGGGUCUUCCUCACCCUAAGGUGGCUGUAGCGGCCAUGCAGGGCGAGGGGCUUCCUUGCUGCCGUGCUAGGUGGGGCGGGGCGUGGGAGGAGGAGAGGGUGUGUCUGCCGCAAGAAAGGAGCUGCAGCCGUGGGAACAUGAACCGCAGGGAGCACUGGGUCAGCCUGUGGGGGCGGCAAGCAGUGGUCAGGGAAGGCUUCCUGGAGGAGGUGACAUCCUCACAGGCCUGAGCCCAGGAGGGCUGUGAGAGGGCGAACGGACUUACAUGGGGGUUUUAGGUGCCCCCUCAACCCCCGUGACUCCAUUUACCAGCGGCUGCCGCGGAGGUCAUCCAAUGUGCUGGAGCUGCGCCAGAGCGGGGAUGGGGGUCGGCACUGAGACGCGGUGCUCGCUGGAGGCGGUUCCUGUCCAGGGUGUGCGUCCGCGUGCAGGGUGCGCGCGUGUCUUGGCCGCGCGUGGCGGCGUGUGCGGCAGGGGCGGGCAGGCGGGCGACUUGGUGACGCGGCCCAAGCGCGGCGCCGAGCGGAGCGGGCGGAGCGGGCCGGCUGGGGCGGAGCGGAGUCGUCCGCAGAGCAGCCCCUCCCGGCCGCGGCCGCCGACCCCGGCCCCCGGCCCGGCUCUAUGGAUAGGAGCUCCCUGCUGCAGCUCAUCCAGGAGCAGCAGCUGGACCCCGAGAACACAGGCUUCAUCGGUGCGGACACCUUCGCUGGCCUGGUGCACAGCCAUGAACUGCCCCUGGACCCGGCCAAGCUGGACAUGCUGGUGGCCCUGGCUCAGAGCAACGAGCAGGGCCAGGUCUGCUACCAGGAGCUGGUGGACCUGAUCAGCAGCAAGCGCUCCAGCAGCUUCAAGCGGGCCAUUGCUAAUGGACAGCGGGCACUGCCCCGGGACGGGCUGCUGGACGAGCCGGGCCUAGGUGUCUACAAGCGGUUUGUGCGUUACGUGGCCUAUGAGAUCCUGCCCUGCGAGGUGGACCGCCGCUGGUACUUCUACCGUCACCGCAGCUGCCCACCCCCCGUGUUCAUGGCCUCGGUCACCCUUGCCCAGAUCAUCGUGUUCCUGUGCUACGGGGCCCGCCUCAACAAGUGGGUGCUGCAGACCUACCACCCCGAGUACAUGAAGAGCCCCCUCGUGUACCACCCUGGGCACCGUGCCCGCGCCUGGCGCUUCCUCACCUACAUGUUCAUGCACGUUGGGCUGGAGCAGCUGGGGUUCAACGCUCUCCUGCAGUUGAUGAUCGGGGUGCCCCUGGAGAUGGUGCAUGGCCUGCUCCGCAUCAGCCUGCUAUACCUGGCAGGCGUGCUGGCAGGCUCCCUAACUGUCUCCAUCACCGACAUGCGGGCCCCGGUGGUGGGAGGCUCCGGCGGGGUCUACGCCCUGUGCUCAGCACACCUGGCCAACGUCGUCAUGAACUGGGCUGGGAUGAGAUGUCCCUACAAGUUGCUGAGGAUGGUGCUGGCCUUGGUGUGCAUGAGCUCCGAGGUGGGCCGGGCCGUGUGGCUGCGCUUCUCCCCACCGCUGCCCGCCUCGGGCCCGCAGCCCAGCUUCAUGGCGCACCUGGCGGGCGCGGUGGUGGGGGUGAGCAUGGGCCUGACCAUCCUGCGUAGCUACGAGGAGCGCCUGCGGGACCAGUGUGGCUGGUGGGUGGUGCUGCUGGCCUACGGCACCUUCCUGCUCUUCGCCGUCUUCUGGAACGUCUUUGCCUACGACCUGCUGGGCGCCCACAUCCCCCCACCGCCCUGACCGGCUACCUGAGGCUGCAGAGGCCAGGGUUCGGCAUGUGGUGGCCACCCACCAGGAGCCUUCACGUCUGCCCUUUGUGAACGGACAUCUCAGGGCUGCUGCGCCCCUCGGGUGUGGGUGGCCUCAGAGGAGACCCUGUCCCAGCCACCCCCCUACCCCCAGGACUUGCGGUCUGAGCCUUUUUGGAUAAUUAAUAAAUAUUUUACACAGCA